AAGAGAGAGAAAGAAAGAACACCCAUUUCUCUAUCUCCAUUCUUCUCCAUUCUCCCUCUCCCCCUCUCUCUCUCUCUCUCUCUCUCUAUAUAUAUAUAUAUAUAUAUAUAUCUGUCUAUUUAUAUAUAUGGGAAAUCACUACAUUAUCCAUGUAUUAAUGUUGUAUGUCUCUUUUGUUCUAUCAUGUAUAUCUCUUUUCACUUACUUACACAUACACCGUAGCCCCUUUUCACCUCUCUCUCUCUCUCUCUCUCUCUCUCUCUACUGAUCUACUAUAAUGGAAUCGGUGUCAGAGAAUGAGCGGCUGAGAAGCUCAAGUCAGUCAUCUUUUCUCUUGCACUUAUCUGCAAAACACUCACUGUGCUUUCCUUCUUUCAUUUAGGUUUUUGUGUGUCUAUAUAUUACCUUCUCUCUUUAACCUUUAAUCCCUCAUUCAUAAGCAUUUUUGGUGAAUUGGGUGCUUUGAUUUCUGAGGUAUGUUCAAUACCCAUCUUUUAAUUUCACCUAUCUCUGAAUUUUCUAUUCCAAUUUCACCAUUAGAACUUUACAUAGUAUUGUUGUUAGGCUUUAGUUUUUCUUGGUUUCCCUACCUUUUUUCUUUUUUUUUUUUUGGGAAAAAGACAAAAUAGGAUAUGAUGUUGUGACAACAAACAGCUGAAAUUAAGGUUGAGAAACUUGAUACAAAAGUUUUUUGGGCUAUAUUUGAAGACUACACUUUGGGACUUAGCUAAAUUGAAGAAGCAAGACACACUCAACAUUGCUUAGAAGUGCAAAGGAAAGGAAAUUGCUUUGUGGACUUGAUGCUAGGGAGGAUGGGUGGACCGGCGGACUGGUCAUGUAACAGGAUUGAGGAUCCUAAGGUCUCUCUCAUGGAAUCGUCAUCUUCGUCUGGAUCAUCAAAGAGGGCCAAGGCACCAAGUACCACUAGCCAUGUAGUUUCGUGCUUAGUUGACGGGUGCAGCUCGGACCUUAGUCAGUGCAGGGAGUAUCACCGACGUCAUAAGGUUUGUGAGCGCCAUUCUAAGACCCCAAAGGUUACAAUUGGGGGCCAGGAACAACGGUUCUGUCAACAGUGCAGCCGGUUUCAUUCAUUGGUAGAGUUUGACGAGGGAAAGCGAAGCUGCAGGAAGCGUCUAGAGGGCCACAACAGGCGCCGGAGAAAGCCUCAGUCAGAAUCUCUCUCCAGAAACCCUGGAAGGUUUCUUUCUAAUCAACAAGGUCCUACUUUGUUGUCAUUCAGUAGUUCACAACUCUUUGGAAGUCCCAUGAUGAACUCUGCUUGGGCUGAAACUGUCAAUGCUGAGAAUAGUACUCUCCCAUAUAACAGCAACCAAUGCUUAAACUACAUCGACCGACAUGACAAUUUUCUGGGAUCUUUACCUCACAGCUUUGGAGGAGGAAACCAGUUCAAAAUCUUUCAUGGGAACAACCUCCCCGACCUCUCUGAAGCCUCCACGUGUCAACCGCUUCUCGAUCCCAGUUCUGCAUCCGGAACCAGUAGCCACAGCCAGAAAAUAAUGUUCUCUGAUGGAUUAAGUCGAGCCAUUGUUGAAUCUGACUGUGCUCUCUCUCUUCUGUCAUCAGCGCCGCCAGCUGAAACUCGGGAGAUUGGUUUGGGCCAUGUGGUGCAGCCCAACCCUGGUUCCUCUGCCCAAUCCUUGGCCCACAAUAUGCACUACUGUGAUCUAAGUCAGUACUCACAAGGGAUAGAAAGUAAGCCAUUAGCUUCUUUUCUCAGCUCUCAUGCUGGUGACAACGCGGAUCUCCAUCGCCCGGGAAUGUUUCAGGAUGGGCCUGAUGGGCCGUCUGAUAGUGGGCCGCACCAAACACUCUCAUUCAGAUGGGAGUAGUUUGUUUCUGGUGGGCCUUGUUUGUCGUCAAAUGGAUCAAAGUUGUUAAAUUACGUAAUUGCCCAAUUACUUUUUGUAAAAACUAUGGUGGGAAAGAAUGUAUUGCCUCCCAAAUUGUGAAAUUUCUCGUUAUUUUGUUGUUGCUUUUGUUUUCGUGGAAUGAUGAACAAGAGGUUUCGAAUACUGUUUUGUUAAUGUAACAAUGAAGUGAGAACACCAUCAUUGAGAGGGGGGUCUGAGUUGGAGUAGGCUGUGAGAGAUUCUCUCUCUUGGAGUCACAAAUUUAAAAUGCGUCAAAUUAAUAGCGAGUGGGUUGAAUAGUUCUCAAA